CAGGAAAGCGGUAUUCCUACCGAACAGCAGCGAACGAGGAGGGAACUCAAAAACGUCCGACCGAGGUUGCAAACUCCCGAACGGCGGUCCCCGUUUCUCUUGCUCCCGAAUUUUUCCCGGUCUCGGCGAUGCCCUCCAUCGAUUUCACUCCGCCUUGACGACCAGUCCAAUCCUAAAAGGAAAACUCCUUGAUGGCGGAGAACUCCACCUCUCCCUCCCCCCGGAAGCUCCUCGGCAACCCUAGCGGCGGCGGCGGCGGUGGCGGCGACUCCAUCGCAACCCCCAACCCCCAAAACUCUAAUCUCCCCUCCCCUCAGAUCCCCCCAUCUCCUUCUAUCAGCGACCUCUCCCGGAUCUCCUCCCCGCAAAUCCCCCAAACUCAGCCCCAAAUCAACCCCGUUGCCCCCCUGGAUUACGCUUCGAAGCAGUCACUGCAGCCCCAAUCCCAGCAACAGCAUCAGCUCCAAGCCCAACAGCAGCAGCAGCAGAGCCUGAUGUCGCCUUCCACGAGCUUCCAGCUCCAGCAGGGCAUCCUGAGAUCGGGUUCGAUGUCGAGGAUAAACCAGAUACAGCAGCAGUAUGGCGCGGCGUUGGCGGCCAGCGCGAUGCGGCAGCAGCACACCAGCGCGUAUGGCGGGCAGAUGAACCUUGGUGGCGCGCAGAUUCAGCAGCAGCAGCAGCAGCAGCAGAUGGCUGCAGGGAUGUCGAGGGCCGGGACAAUGGGACAGGCCGGGCAGCUGUCAAUGCUGCCUGGGCAGACCGCGGCGCAUCUCAAUCUGCAGGCCCAGAUGCUCGCGCAGCCAAGGCAGAAGAUGGGCUUAGUCCAAGGUACGCAGUUUCUUCCUGGUAAUUCAUCAGGGCAGGCAUUGCAAGGGAUGCAGACAAUGGGUGUGAUGGCUUCGCUAGGUUUGAAUCCACAGCUAAGAGCUAAUGGGCCUCCAUCAUAUGGUCAGCAGCGUUUUGCCCAGGGGCAAGUGAGGCAGCAACAGCUAUCGCAACAAAUGGCUCUCUCAUCUUCUCAGAAGCUCCCUGGUCAAAGCUUACCGAGGACACCAUCGCUUGCAGCAAUGAGCUCCCAGUUACCUGGUUUAACUCAAAAUGGGCAAUCAGCACUGGUGCAGACAACUCUCUCUCAGCAGCGGCAGCAGUGGCUGAAGCAAAUGCAGCCAUCAAUGGGUGCACCAGUUUCUCCUUCCUAUCACCUUCAACAACAGCAGAGGCAGCAGCAACCCUUCUUGCCACAACAACUGUCUUCAUCUCAGCUGCAUCAAAAAUCCAUGGGCCUGACCCAACAGCAAAUCUCUCAACUGGUACAACAGCAGCCGCAGCUGGGUGCUCAGCAACAGCAGCAGCAGCAACAAUUGCUUCAGCGACAGCAGCUGCAACAGUUGCUACAGCAUCAGCAGCAACAGUCUCCAAGGAUGCCUGGGCCUGCACCCCAAAAAUCUUUGAGUUUGUCUGGAUCACAACCGGAAACACCUCCAUCUAUGACAGGUGGUAGUUCAAGUCAAGGAAUGGAAGCAACGGAUCAACUUCUUGGGAAGAGAAAGAUCCAGGAUUUGGUUUCACAGGUGGAUCCCCUAUGUAAGCUGGAUCCUGAAGUUGAAGACCUUCUUUUGGAGAUGGCUGACAACUUUAUUGAUUCAGUUACCACAUUUGCAUGCAGUCUUGCAAAGCAUCGCAAAUCUUCAACAUUAGAGUCCAAGGAUGUAAUGCUGCACCUAGAGAAAAACUGGAAGUUGACUGUCCCAGGUUAUACAAAGGAGGAGCAGAAUCACCAAGGAAAAUCCUUACCUGUCGAUGUCCACAAGAAACGUCUGGAAAUGGUACGAUCAUUGAUGGAGUCCCAGCAAGCAGACAGAGAUACGGGUGUUUCCAAAGGAACAACUAAACAGGUUGCAAGUGAUUCAGCUAGUGAUCAUCCAAUAAAAGCUUCACCAAGUUCCGAGCAGUUGUCCACUCCAGCAGUUGGCUCCCAAAUGCUGCACAAAGUGCACCGGUUUUAGCUGUUCUUGUGCACUUCACAUGCUUUCUACCUCAAUUGCUUUUUGUUAGCGGGACCUGAAAUGUGAGUGCCUUCACUAGGUUGAGAUCUAUAUGUCUCUUUGAUGACUAUUUUGUGCCGUGCCUGAGCUCUAGUGUCACCACUGUACUUAAAUUAUGGGAGGCUCAGAGAAAGAGUUGCUCAAGUAGGUACUGGACUGAGAGCUGUUUCAUGUCUCCAGCUCAUUUAUUUUAUCAUGUUUAUGUCAUAUGUACUUCAAAUAAUCAAGAUAGGAAACCUCUGUAUAGUAUUUUGUGAAUAACCCAUGUAUAAAAUCUUAUAAUUAGCAAAACAACAGGAGAACUCGAAAAGGCCAUUAUGUUGAAAAGCUCUAUCAGAUUGAAUUACAUUCAUUUUGAGAUA